AUGAACUUGGAGAAUACACUAUUCCAGUUGAAGUUUACUGCAAAGCAGUUGAAUAGACAAGCAGCCAAAGCAGCCAAGGAGGAAAAGCAGGAGAUCAAUAAAUUAAAGAAAAUUCUUAACGAAAGCGAAGAAAUUGGGAAACUCUAUGCCUCAAAUGCGAUCAGAAAGAGGAAUGAGCGGGUACAAUUACUAAAAUUGGCUUCGCGAGUGGAUUCAGUGGCAUCAAGGGUACAAACAGCUGUUACUAUGAGACAAGUAUCAAGUUCUAUGGCACAAGUUUGCCGCGGCAUGGAUAAGGCACUUCAGUCGAUGAAUCUACAACAAAUCACCAUGGUGAUGGACAAAUUUGAGCAGCAAUUCGAAGACUUAGAUGCAAGCGUUAACGUUUAUGAAGGCAUGGGAGAAAGCACUGACGCUGUUGUAGUAGAUGGUGAUAAGGUUGACGAGCUACUCAGUCAGGUGGCAGACGAAAAUGGGUUAGAGCUCAAACAUUCAGCUGCAUUAUCAGAUCUUCCUGAGGUUAAGGAGCCUAGCGUACCCGUUGUCAACGAAGGAAAGGAGGAUAAACUUGCAGAAAGGCUAAGAGCUUUACGCAGUUAA